AUGGUCUCCGCCACAAUACUGUGUUCCGCAACCCAUUAUUGUCUGGCACAGCUUCCCCAGCAAGUACCCGCACCGAAUCCAUUCCAAGAAACCCCCUCAAGUUUCUGGGACAAAUAUAUCAAAGGCCGGCCUCUCCUCUCCCCGAGUCCCUCCUCCAACGUGUCUGGCACUAUCAUGCCUCUCACGGCGGAGCCUUCAAUCUCCUCCACGAACCAGCCGCCUAGCCGCAAAGUUCCCAAAAGGUCAUCGUCUCAGACAUCAGCGCCUCAAACAUCAACACAGCGAAAUCCCAUCUCCCAGACCUCUCAAACAUCACAUUCCGAGCCGCUCCCAUAG